GGCGACGUGGAAAACAUGGAGGAAAAGAGUACGUAGAGUGGGGCUAGCAGUGUUAAUGACUAUCUUAUAUCAAAUGUUUACCUCUGGUGCGUUAAAACUCAGCAACCAGCUGGUUUAAACCUAAAUCUCCGUGGGGAAACCGUUGUUAGAAAGCACCGCAGGAAGCCAGCCGGAGCCAGAGAAACUGCGAGAGGCUUUUCUGACAGGAUUUUGCACAACCCAGUAAAUAAGCACUGAAGAUUGAAGCCAGGGAGCUAUGGGUGCAAACACCAGCCAGGUCACUGACCUGUCCGAUAAUGCGAGCCUCAAAGCCCUGGUGGGGACCGAGUCCAUCUCUGAAAACGAUCCCUUCUGGAAUCAGCUAAUCUCCUUCACCUUUGUCAGUCCUACAAACAGUGGAGACUCAAAGUUACUUGAAGAGGCCGUCAUCCCCCUGGCCAAGGCUCUCAUUCAAAACAAUCCCAGGACGGGGAACUUUGGUGCUUUAGUGAGGGUUUUCCUGGGGAGAACCAAGGAGCUCAAAAUUUCCACAGAAUGCCAAGAUCAGUUAUUCAUCUGGCAGGCGCAUAAUGCAUUGUUCAUGAUUCGUUGCCUGGUGAAGGUCUUUAUCAGAGAGAUGAGUGAGGAAGAGCUGCACCAUCAGUUCUCCUACCAGGAGAGGGCGCCAGGCUCCUGUGGAGAAAGUGGGAGUGAGGACCUCCUGGAGGAGCUGUUGUUGAACCUCGUUCACCUGAUUGUUGAAGUACCCUUGCUAGACCUCACCUACAGUAUCCUGUUUGAAGCAGUGACCACAUUGCUGACUUUCUUCUCCUAUCAACUCUUCCACAAAGAAAUCCUCCAAGAGGGAUUGAUAUAUCAACACAUCAUGAAGGGUCGAUGUUUGGAACUGACUAGCCGCUUGGUAAAGACCCUGCUCUAUAACUUCAUCAGGCAGGAGAAAUGUCCUCCUGCAGCCCACAUUUUUGAGCCGAAAGCUGAAGGAGGCCUUCUUUACGGGCUGGCGUCUGGAGUGGCAAGUGGUCUCUGGAGUGUCUUCACUCUGGGUGGAGCUGGUAGUAGAGCUGGGACAGACCAGGAAAACGAUCCUUUACCUUUAUCCAAUCAGAGCCUCCUGUUACUGCUGGUAUUGGCCAAUCUGACAGAUGGGCCUGAUUGGCCAAACCCUUUCCGUCAGGCUAUUACUUGUUUCAGAAACACACAAGACACGUCGGCACUGCCUGUGGAGCUACCUCACACUUUUCAGAUCAAUUUCAACAGUCUGUACACGGCUCUGUGUGAGCAGCAGCGCUCCGACCAAGCCACUCUGCUGCUUUACACCCUGCUCCACCAGAACGCCAACAUGAGGACGUACAUCCUGUCAAGGACUGACAUGGACAAUCUGGUUAUGCCCAUCCUGGAGAUCCUUUACCACGUUGAAGACAGAAAUUCUCACCAUGUCUAUAUGGCCCUUAUUAUUCUCCUCAUUCUCACAGAGGACGAUGCCUUCAAUCGCUCCAUCCAUGAGGUGGUGCUGAAGAACAUUUCUUGGUACACAGAGAGGUCACUGACAGAGAUCUCACUUGGAAGUUUGCUCAUCCUUGUUGUUAUCCGAACGGUCCAAUUCAACAUGACUCGGACUAGGGAUAAAUACCUACACACCAACUGUCUCGCUGCACUUGCCAAUAUGUCAGCCCAGUUUCGAAGCCUCCAUCAGUACGCCGCUCAGCGCAUCAUCAGCUUGUUUGCUUUGCUUUCCAAAAAGCACAACAAGGUUCUGGAGCAGGCAACACAGUCUCUAAGAGGCAGACAAGGAGACAACACAGCCUUGCCAGACUAUGCCCAGGACCUAAAUGUGAUUGAGGAGGUGAUCCGCAUGAUGCUGGAAAUCAUCAACUCCUGCCUCUGCAACUCACUGCACCACAAUCCGAACCUGGUGUACGCACUGCUUUACAAGAGGGAGCUCUUCGAGCAGUUCAGGUCCCACCCAUCCUUCCAGGACAUCAUGCAGAACCUUGACACGGUGAUAGGAUUCUUCAGUCAACGUCUGGAGCAGGCUGGAAGUGACCUGUCAGUGGAGAGGGUUCAAGAGGUCAUCAUGAAGGGAGCCCAGGCCCUGCCUACAGACAGACUGAAGAAGUUUCCGGAGCUGAAGUUUAAGUACGUGGAGGAAGACCAGCCGGAGGACUUCUUCAUCCCCUACGUUUGGUCGCUGGUCUUCAACUCGGGAGUCGGCCUCUAUUGGAACCCGCAUGGCAUCGAACUGUUUAGUAUGGACUCUGGCUGAACAAUAAAAAAAACAAAACAUUGAGUCUUCAUCUCCGUUCAGGACAGAUGAAAGGACUGAUGGUGUGGGUGUGUGUGUGUUUUACCAUCUGUAGUACAUGCUCGCUGCUUUCAAAGUGCCUCAACCUUGAACAUGACAGAGUUCCUUUUUAUGCAGCACAACCUUUUAUUGUAAUAACAGUUUUUUUCUUCAACACUGAAGCCUCGUCGGUGCUGGGUAACGGCGCGCUCUGCAGCUUCCAGAUGUUUCCCCGUAUCUUUCUGUGAGAAACGCACAUACCCAUUUCUGUUUGGCUAAGAAGCUCAGGUCUCUGAGAAUGGAUGAUCACUUUUCAGAGAACAGGUCAUUGAAAAACAAGAUAAGACGGUACCUACAUGUUACACAGCUCCAAUGUACAAUUUAGGUCCUUAACUGCAUCGUAAUAAACUUAGUUUUUAAUAUUGAGGUAAUAAAUUUAGGUUUUCUUUGGUUCCCUCAUGAGAAUAGCAGUGAUUUAUAACAGCUUUGUCAGUGAAGUUGCCGUUAGGUUCAAAAACAGCCAGAGAAAUGUGAUUGUUAACUUUUAGGGAAAAUAUGCAGUGUCCCUGGCCGUUUAAUAUUCCUUAUUCAUGUACAGUUUAAUUAGAGCUCAGUACCCGUCCCUAGACGAUAUUCGCCUCCUGCAUCACUGUGAUUCAUGCGAUUCCAUCGUUGCUUCCAGCCUGUAUUCACUCAGCAUUUAUCAUUUGUAUCUUUCUGGAUAGUCACCCACAGCAAGUACUUAAACUAGGACAGACAGCUCAUUUCCUGUCCUGUUGUGCAUAGCUGCAAAUCUCUUAAAUUUGUUACUUUCUCUGCAUGUUUAACUUGAGAUUAAGUUAUUUAUUUUCAUGUAUAUUGUUUUUUUUUAUAUGAAUAUGUAAAGAGGCAUAUUAUGGAGGUCUAAAUAUAAAUGAUGGAAGAAGCAAAUGGUGUUUUGCUGAUGAGGUGAAAGGAGACAUGAUUGUUUCCAAGUGGGAAAUUUUCCUCGUAUUAUUGCGACCUCAGCUUUCAUUUUGGGAAUUUACUUUAAAAAUAGGAGUUUCAAUAAAAUGGUUAAAUCAGCU